AUGGCGGACACCUCGUGUCAUAGUUUGGCUCUUCGUAUUGGUGGCAAAUAUAGGCUUGGAAAAAAAAUGGCUCUGGUUCUUUUGUCCGUCAAGGCCAAGCACCCUCAACUAGAGUAUGAACCAAAGGUUUACAAGACUCCCACAGGCGGCGUGGGUGUCCCCUUCAUCAGAUGGUGA